GCGCCCCGGCCGCGGCGCCUGGCCCGGGUUGCGCGCCGCUGGGGCGCGGGCGGGUCGGGCUUGUGGGGCGGCCGCUGCUCGCCUGGCGCGCGUCGGCGUCCCGGGCCCGGCGGCCGGCGAGCAUGGAGGAGAAGUACCUGCCGGAGCUGAUGGCGGAGAAGGACUCCCUGGACCCCUCCUUCACGCACGCUCUGCGGCUGGUGAACCAAGAAAUAGAAAAGUUUCAAAAAGGAGAAGGCAAGGAUGAAGAAAAGUACAUCGAUGUGGUGAUUAAUAAGAACAUGAAGCUGGGACAGAAAGUGUUAAUCCCUGUAAAGCAGUUCCCUAAGUUCAACUUUGUGGGGAAACUUUUGGGUCCCCGUGGCAAUUCUCUGAAGCGUUUACAAGAAGAAACCUUGACAAAAAUGUCCAUCCUUGGGAAAGGUUCCAUGCGAGACAAGGCAAAGGAAGAAGAGUUGAGGAAAAGUGGAGAAGCCAAGUACUUUCACCUCAACGAUGACCUGCAUGUUCUCAUUGAAGUCUUUGCUCCACCAGCAGAAGCAUAUGCCCGGAUGGGACACGCACUGGAAGAAAUCAAAAAGUUCCUCAUUCCUGACUAUAAUGACGAAAUCAGGCAAGCACAGCUCCAAGAAUUAACAUACUUGAACGGUGGUUCAGAAAAUGCGGAUGUACCUGUUGUUCGAGGGAAACCCACCUUGCGUACAAGAGGUGUACCAACCCCAGCAAUAACCAGGGGAAGGGGAGGAGUCACAGCCCGGCCAGUUGGAGUUGGUGUACCACGAGGGACGCCAGCUUCCAGGGGAGUCCUUUCCACCCGAGGGCCAGUGAGUCGGGGAAGAGGACUUCUCACUCCCAGAGCAAGAGGAGUUCCCCCAACUGGGUACAGACCUCCGCCACCACCCCCAACACAAGAGACCUAUGGAGAUUAUGACUAUGAUGAUGGAUAUGGCACUGCUUAUGAUGAACAGAGUUACGAUUCCUAUGAUAACAGCUAUAGCGCCCCUGCCCAAAGAGAAAUUCAAAUUACAAAUUUCUCUUGGAUAACGAAGAGUUAAAGACUCUGGUUCAUGGGCGCCUGGGUGGCUCAGUUGGUUAAGCAACUGCCUUCGGCUCAGGCCAUGAUCCUGGAGUCCCUGGAUCGAGUCCCACAUCGGGCUCCCUGCUCAGCAGGGAGUCUGCUUCUCCCUCUGACCCUUCCCCCUCUCAUGUGCUCUCUCUCAUUCUCUCUCUCAAAUAAAUAAAAUCUUAAAAAAAAAAAAAAAAAGACUCUGGUUCACUCUCUCUCUGGCACAACAGGCACGUUGUAGUGUCUCCAGAUUGGGGCCCACACGUUGGGGGAAGCAAGUCAACUCACCAGGUGCAGAAAGAAAAUGAGAGAGGGUCAACUCCUGUCCAUCCUUUUAAAAUUUCUAUUUUGAUGUUUUGCGUUAUGUGUAAAUCUAACUUACUAAUGCUCUAAUGCACAUGUUACCCAAAAGCAAUUACAAUUACAAGAUUAAAAGUGGUUUUCUUUCUGAUACAGAUGUGUUGUAAAAAACUUUUGUUGGAGAUCUGGGCCAUAAUGGUUAAGAGUCUGGCUGACCUGUAUUUAGACCCCACUUCAGUAUUUGCUGGCUAUAUGGCUUUGGGCAAGUUACUUGACCUCUCUAAGCCUCAGCUUGUAAUGUGUAUAAUAACUCUGUUUCUUCUGUAGAUGGUCAGCCUGAAAGUUGAAUGAGGCAGGAAAUCCCACGGUCUGUGGGAAUUGUUGGGGGGUAGGGAGAAGGCAUGUCAUCCACAGUGUCUUUUCUGUGCGAGAGUGAAUGAGGUAAUCUGUGUAAGGCAGUUAAGGCAGGGUGUAAGGCAGUUAGCACAUUGUGCUGAGUAAAUUCUAGCUCCUGCCCUCCUUCCCCAGUUCUGAAUUAUUCUGCAUCUCAUUUCACAUAGGGAAGCUAAGAGAAAAUCCAGAAGGGUUGUGUGAAUAAAUGCUUUACAGGGAAAAUGAGAAGAGGGAGGGGACCUUGUGGAGGCUACUCCCCCCUGGGAUGGUCAGUAUCAGUAUUUAACAUAAACUGGGAUUAGCAAACUGAGCAGCUGUAACCCACUUGAAAACAGAGCAGGACAGCAGGCUCACGUGGCUGGUCAUUGGGUAUCGUUACCCGCUGUGCAAAAGGGUCCCUUUUGGUAAUGACGUUUAAACUUUAUAAGCGGUAAUCAUUUUAUGAUAUGACACUGUUUUGUUGCAGAAACAGCAGUUUCUCUCAGGAGGUUUUACAAAUUAGGAAUUUUUUCUCCCGAUUUUCAAAUACCUUGUAUUAAAAUUAGAGUACAAAUGAGAAUCCCUGCAGAGUGAUAGAAAAUUCAGUAUAGUUCAGCUACAUUUCCCCAUUGAUUUUUGUAAUGACCUUGAUAGUGCUAAUACUAUAGUGUAAAACAAAAGCAUUGUUUCUCUAACUUCACACAUUUAAUGAGUAACAAGCUGUCAACACAAUUACUGUGAAGAGAAAUAUGAACUAUUCUUUAUAAUAUUGGAAUUGUUCUGACAUAGAUUGGCUCAAAAAUAGUUAUUGAUUGAUUUCUUUAGACACCCCUCCUGAAUAGCAGUGAUGAAUAAAAAGAGCAGGUGAUAAAUGGCCUCAGCCCUCAGACACCUGCCCCUCCCUUGACAUGACUUGAGACUUCACAAAAGUCCUAAUUUCGACUCUCAGAAACCACUUGUAAAUAUAUCCAUUUCAUUCUAGAUUAAACAAUUCAUUCUUUAUUGGAUGUUUUAUUUAUAAUCCUAAAAUAGUUGCAGUUGUAUAACACGAUGCCCAUAGUAUUUAAUAACACUGUACUGAAUUUGGGAAGUUUGCCGGGAGAGUAGAUUGCAGGUGCUCUUACACACAAGAAGGUAACUAUGUGAGGAGAAAAUAUGUUAAGAGCUUUAAUGUAAUAAUCAUCUUGCUGUAUAUUUGUAAAUCAAGUCAUCACGUUUACAACCUUUUAUAUAAUUUUUAUUAAAAAUACCACAAUAUCAGUUUGUGUGCCUAGUAAUUGUAAAUUCUCAAAGGAAUAUUUGAUUCCUAUUGUGAUCAUAAAGAAAGUAGAACAAAAAGGGUAUCAGAAAAGUGUUAAUACCAGUGAUGGGUAUUAAGGAGGGCACGUACUGCAUGGAGCACUGGGUGUUAUACGAAAACAAUGGGUGGUGGAUCACUACAUCAAAAACUAAUGAUGUAUUGUAUGGUGACUAACAUAACAUAAUAAAAUUAAAAAAAAAAAAAAAGUGUUAAUACCCCUGAGCAUAAGUGGAUGGCUGUGUGGUAAGAAUAGUGAGUUUCUGGAUGCGUUUAAUACAACAUUCCAGUUUCCAAGAGCUUUGUGGUUUGACCAUACUUUAAAGUACAUAUUUCAUCCCAUCCUCCAAAAUCUCUGAAAGCACUUAAAAUUUCUGAAAAAAGGAAUUAGGAAUAAUAGCUCCCAGUUUUGGAGGAUCUGUUGAGUCUAGCACUCAGCAUUUAUGUUCUUUAUAUGCAGUAUCUCCGAUUUUUACAGUGGCCCUACAUGGUGAGUGUCCCACGCACAGAAGUUGAGGAUAGCAGUGUUUAGCAACUUUCCCAAGAAUACACAGCUGAGAAGUACUGGAGCAUAGGUUUUUGUCUGAUGCCAAGAACCAUUACCCAGCUAAGAAAAUUUUUUUUUUAAUGUAAAAUCAUAUUGACUUGUUUUUGUAAAACAACACCUAAGCCCCUUUAUCCAGAUAGGCAGGGUGACAGAAGCUGCCAGAAGCUAUGAGUACUCUUGGUUUGUUUUCAAAUACCAAUUCCAAGGAAAGCAACGAGACAAAAACUGACGUUGCCAUGUGCCUGCCGCCUACUUGCUAUCGCUUCUGCUGGCAGCUUUAGGAUUAUAUGUCCAGCAACGCCUUCUCAAGAGCCAACUAUGGAGGUCGGAAAAGGAUUUGGAGUUUUCACUUUGGAAAUGAUGACCUGUUGUUUAACUUAAGUUGUAACCGUUUAAAAUCAGUAAAACUGUUUUUCAGGAGAUAAUCGCCAUGUGUGUGGUGUCACGGUUGCUUGUCUCGGACUUGUAAAAGCAGUAAUGGUUUGGCGUGGAUUAAGAGUUUGUUAACUUGCCUUGUAAAAUUUCUGUCAAGUCUCCUUCCACCUAGCCUGCUCCUUGGAGUUGUCUGCCUGCUGCGUAACUACUGACCAUGCCUCUUGGCAGAAACUAAGCCGUGUAAGCUGUUGACAAACAAAUACAUCCAGCCUGUAUUACGUAGAUGUUGGUGAAAAGCAGAGAUACCAGCCCAGAUUAUACAGUAAACCCAUAAAGUCCUUAAUUCUCAGCCAACGACUCUGUAGUAAGAAAGAAAGGAAGGAGGGCUAUCGUGAAAACGUGAAGCCAGCACCUAGAAGGGAAAAGGGAAGGAAGGACACGCUCAAGUGUUGGCAGGAGUGAGAAUUGCACUGAUGACCAUCAUUACGCGCUGACCACCCACCACGGAGUAUUGAUUAUACCCCGAUAGAUACGUGUGUGUGUGUGUGUGUGUGUGUGAUGUCUGUCUCUGAUAUGAACUUUAACCUUAACAGGUGGAAAUGAUCAUCCCCAUUUUAUUCUUGAGAACACUGAGACCCAGAGAAAGAUUAAAUAAUUGGUCCAUGCUACCCACUUGAUGACUGUUGAUUUCAGUCCAUUUUCUUUUUAUUAUAGGAGUGUUUUUCCAAGGGUAGUACACAUACCACUGAUGUUCACAACAUGAUUUCAGAUGGCACACAGGCAGACCUUUUUUUACAGUUGUAAUGAUAGAUUUUAAAGUUACUGGGAAAAUAUACUUAGCAUGUCAAGCACAUGAUUUUAUGAAUAUUGCUGUAAUUUAAUUAUGAUACAUUGAGGUGAAAACAAAGUCAAUACAAAGAGUAAUGUUAAGUCACUGGUAGGAUGAGUGGGCACAUGGGUGACAGAAGUCCUGCCAGCCAUCCAGGAGGGACUCUAGUGUGGCCAGCACCGCACUCUGCGUUUGUUUACUGGGUAAUGGCCCACUGGGGUGUGCCACUGCUGAGAAAGGAGGGGCGGUCAGUGAACCAGAGCCAUGAUCGGGCCUCCCUUGGGGUUACUACCUCGAUAGCCUGACUCUAUUGAAAGCAAGCCAAGAAGUUUUAUAGCUCCAGCAGGAAAUUCCUUAGGAUUAAAUUAGUAAAAAAUAAAGGAAAAUUUUCCAGAUUCAUUAAGUUAGCACACUUUGAAGAAAUCAAGUAUCAAUUGAGUACUUAGGAAGUGGUCAUUACUAUAUCAGGUGCUCUUAUGCCUGCCAUUUCGUUUUAUCCCCAAGAACCUCUGUAAGAUCGUUACAGGCCUUACUUUUAUGAAUAAGGAAGCUGAUGCUCGGAGAAUGUGAGCCUGACCAAAGUCACGUAGCUGACAAGUCAGGCCUCAUACCCAACUCUCUUAAAGCUCAAGCCCCUGUUCUUCUGCUCACCUCGGAGGCAACAAGUAAAAAAACCUGUCCCUGUGCAUGUGGAGAGUACCCACCUCCUGUACUGACCAUGUGGAAUCUUCAUGCGUGAUCUUGACGAGUACA